GGAGAGGGAAAAGCAAGAAGAACAAAAAUGGAGGCGCCAGCUUUGGUACUGAAGAAUGAGGAGAAUCUGAGAAUAUGUUGGACAGGAGGUCAGGCUCAGGCCAUAAGACGUGUAAAGAGACGGCGGAGAGAGCCUGCUUCCGCCGCCACCGAUCAAACUAAUAAACAACAGUGUGUGAAGCAACAAUCCGAUCAAGCUCCGACCACCACUAUGAAGCGGAGUUCGAGAUUUCGGGGGGUCAGCAGACAUAGAUGGACGGGUCGGUUUGAAGCUCAUUUAUGGGAUAAACUUUCUUGGAACAUGACGCAGAAGAAGAAGGGAAAACAAGUUUAUCUUGGAGCUUAUGAUGAAGAAGAAUCAGCUGCAAGGGCUUAUGAUUUAGCAGCACUCAAGUACUGGGGUGUAACAACCAUCACUAAUUUCCCUGUAUCAGAGUAUGAGAAAGAGAUUGAGACAAUGCAAACGAUGACAAAGGAGGAGUAUUUGGCCUCUUUAAGAAGAAAGAGCAGUGGCUUUUCAAGAGGUGUAUCAAAGUAUAGAGGAGUUGCAAGGCAUCAUCAUAAUGGUAGAUGGGAAGCAAGAAUAGGGAGAGUUUAUGGGAACAAGUACCUGUAUCUUGGAACUUACGGCACUCAAGAGGAAGCUGCUCGAGCUUACGAUAUGGCCGCCAUUGAAUACCGAGGGAUCAAUGCGGUCACCAACUUCGACUGGAGCAAUUACAUGGCCUGGCUGAAGCCUCCUCCAGUGCCACCCGCUGCCCUCAACGACGCCCAUAUGACGUCGAAUCCAGACAAGGAACUCUCUAACUCCAGAUCCAUCCCAGUAGAAGAAACUUCAUUGUUUGAAAACAAUCACUACGACAUCGAUCUCUUCCAUUCUCUUCAAAAGCAAGAACUUCUCGAGAGCUGCAGCACCCCGAUCAAUGGUUACGCUAAAUCAUCUUCUCCAUCAGCGCUCGACCUCCUUCUUCGGUCAUCAUUUUUCAAGAAACUGGUUGAGACCAACUCAAAUCUCUCUGUGGAUGAUGCUGAUAAUGGAGAAGAGACCAAGACUCAUGGGCAGCUCAACAGUGCAUUUGAUGAGUUUGGAGACGUCUUCGGUGAUAGACUUACAGAUGAACCGUUCGUUUGCAGCUCGAACAAAGAUCUGCAAGAAAGUGAGCUUCAUUCAUACUUUAGUGGUAUGUUUCAUUGUUUCAAAGCAGCCUGAAAGUAUGCUUCCUUCAUUGUUGAUAUCAUCAUAUCGAACAUGUUAAUCUAGAACAUGGAUAAACAGAUAUUGCAGAAUCAUAGAAAAGUAAUAAUCCAAACUCGAGCAAAUCGCCAAAUGAAAACGGUUACCCGUUCCCGGCGAUCAGAAUUCAACAUCCUAAUGC